AAUGUGAGCGACAAGGAACAGUUGGUGAAUCUCACAGAGUUUCUCAACCGACCCAAGAAACUGGUUGUUGAAGUUUCCGGAGUGGAUUCUAAGUACCAACCUGGUUGAACAAAAGUAAAUUAAAAAUGCCUCGAGGCUUAACCGAUUCGCACACAAGUUUAAACAUUUCAUUGCCAAUACGCCACGUUGAACAGAGGCUCUCAUCGGAUUAAGAGAUAUAUAUUUUGCUGUCUAUAUGCCCCGCUGAGCUUCAUCUCGUACUCGUUUUCUCCGUGCCUGCACCGGAAUCGGUAGACGUAUUAAAUAUAAACUAUUUGAAUAAUUCAGCGACAGCAUUCUGGCCGAGGCCUUUGGACUUCAUCUGCCCCCAGGAGGCGGAAUUGUUUUAAGCGAGCGCAGCUCAACGAUAAUGAGGUAAGUUCCGGCCGAAAAUGCCCGAUUUUAGACAACUUUUUAGUCCAGUUAUCGUAAUUAUUGGUCCUCUUGCUCUUAGCGAACAACGUCGCAACUUGGUUAAGCAGCUCAUCAAGUCGGCCAAUGUGGUUUUGGUCGGACUGCUGGUCUACAACUUGUGGCGUCACAAAUGGACCAAAGUGAAUUUCAAUCAGCAUCGGUUUUGAUUGAUUUUCGCUACUCCCCGGGCGCUGGUUUUGUAUAUGUGUGUGCUGGCUGAUUGAUUGAUUGAUUGAUUAAUUAAUUAAUAAAACGAACAUCAGCUUAAAUGUCAUUAACAGUUGGCCAGGACUAACGACUCCUGAAUGUGGCCGAUGGGAUUUGCAAAUUUAAUUUCCUCAACCAGUAGAUCUGUCAAAUGGCGAGAAAUAUCCUGGGGCGGGGGUGAUAGAUGGAUUUUCUUUUGGGAAGGGGCUA